UUUUUACGUGGUGAUCAUUCUUUCUCUAAUUUGCAAGUUGGACUAAAGCAGAGUUUGGAAAAGAAUUUUUUUUUGCUUUAGGGCUGGAUUUAUUUGCAAACCGCAGGAAGAAGAAAAUACAAGAGAGAGAGGGGUUUGGUGCAGCGCCGCGAUCACGGAUUUCAGAUGUGUUCUAAGCCUGGCGGGGUGAGCAAGCUUCUGGGCACUGAUGGAGACUCAGCACGGCAGUGGGUCGCAGCCCUUACUACAGGCUCGGCGUGACAGUGGGCGGCCGCACGGGGAGCCCGACCUGCGGGAUGUCCUGAUGCAGCAGGUCCACGUCUUGUCCUUGGACCAGAUCAGAGCCAUCCGAAACACUAAUGAAUACACGGAGGGACCUACGGUGGCUCCGCGGCCGGGGGUCAAGUCUUCUCCUCGGGUAACAGCCCAACCCAAAAAUGAAAGGCCCCACGGCUUGCCUGAGCAUCGCCAUUUCGGCCGGAUCCAGCACGCGCAAACGCACGCAUCUCCUCGAGCGCCUCUGUCCCGGUCCAUCAGCACAGUCAGCACGGGCUCACGGAGCAGUACGAGGACAAGUACGAGCAGUAAUUCCUCAGAGCAAAGACUUCUGGGAUCAUCUUCGGGGCCAGUUGCUGAUGGGAUAGUCCGGAUGCAGCCCAAGUCUGAGCUCAAGCCGAGUGAGCUGAAGCCACUGAGCAAAGAAGACUUGGGAGCACACAGCUACAGGUGUGAGGACUGUGGAAAGUGUAAGUGUAAGGAGUGCACUUAUCCAAGGACCCUGCCCUCAUGCUGGAUCUGUGACAAGCAGUGUCUUUGCUCAGCCCAGAACGUGGUUGAUUACGGGACUUGUGUUUGCUGUGUGAAGGGCCUCUUCUAUCACUGCUCUAACGAUGAUGAGGACAACUGUGCUGACAACCCCUGCUCCUGCAGUCAGUCACAUUGCUGCACUAGGUGGUCCGCCAUGGGUGUAGUGUCCCUCUUUCUGCCUUGCUUGUGGUGUUACCUACCAGCCAAGGGUUGCCUUAAGUUGUGCCAGGGCUGUUACGACCGGGUAAAUCGGCCUGGGUGCCGCUGCAAACACUCCAACACCGUUUGCUGCAAAGUUCCCAGCGUACCCCCCAGGAACUUUGAAAAACCAACAUAGCAUCGCUAGCCAGAAAUACUAAAGUAACAAGGAUUAUUAUUUUAACGUACAUAUGCAACCAACUAAGCAGCUAUGGUCUUGGCACUGUAGUAGAAGGGUUGGGGAUGUACUUUGCUGUUUGCAGUGAAAUGCUUUUCUGUGUGUGUGCCAUCUUAAGUGAUACGCUUGUUAGAAUCCAGCUAGUGGCAUACAGGGGAAAAAAAGGGAUGCAGUACAUUGUGACCCACAUAUUGCAUAAGCUAAAGCAACACAGACACUCCUAGGCAACUCUAUUGUUUGUGAAUAGUACUUGCAAAAUUUGUAAAUUAGCAAAUGACUCCUUUUUUUUCAUUGUUUUCUGCCAGAGAUAAUGUGCUAUAUUUUUGUAUAUACAAUAAUAUUUUCAACUGUGAAAAGUAAGUGCUGUCAUAAGACAUGGCACAGUCACAAAAUAUUAUACUAAUAUGUUGUACAUUCGGAAGAAUGUGAAUCAAUCAGUAUGUUUUUAGAUUGUAUUUUGUCUUACGGAAACCUUCUAUUACAAGACUUUGAUUUCCCUUUGGACUUCAUGUAUAUUGUACAGUUACGGUAAAAUUCAGCCUUUAUUUUCUAAUUUUUUCAACAUAUUGUUUAGUGUAAAGAAUAUUUAUUUGAAGUUUUAUUAUUUUAUAAAAAGAAAUAUUUAUUUUAAGAGGCAUCUUACAAAUGUCACCCCUUUUUAUGAGGACGUCAUGGUUGCUGCAAAUAAGGGGUGAAUGAUGCAUAUGUUCACUAUAAAAUAGAAAAUAUAUUAACGUUUGAAAUUAAA